UGUCACGUGACUUUGCUUCCAAGUUCCAACGUGGAAAUAUCUCGAUACGAUUCUUAGCCUUCACGGCGAUUAAUCGCGUAUCGCUUCACUCUUUCACUAAUCGAUUCAGUCGGGCUCUCCCAUUAGAUCGCCAUAGUAUCGGGGAGUAUUACCUUCAACUCGAUUCGAGAAACGAGUGAAUCGAUUCAAUUGUUAACCGUUUUGCUUGUGUCGAUGUGGAACUGUCAGACGGGUAACUGCACAGUUGAACAAGUCAAGUCCACAGGAACGCCAGCCGGCGUUUCAUUCACCCCAAUUUACUAAAGACUUUUUCUCUUUUUUCAACCAUCGAGAAAUAGUUUCCGAUUCUCUUUUUUGCCACACUCUUUGUCGUCACCAAUCACACCUCCAAAAUGGGCUUCAAAUUCUUGGAAGUCAUCAAGCCUUUCUGCAGUAUCCUGCCUGAAAUUGCCAAACCUGAGCGAAAAAUCCAGUUUCGUGAAAAGGUGCUAUGGACAGCCAUCACCCUCCUCAUCUUUCUUGUUUGCUGCCAGAUUCCUCUCUUCGGCAUCAUGAGCUCAGAUUCUGCCGAUCCCUUCUACUGGAUUCGUGUCAUCCUGGCUUCGAACAGAGGUACACUCAUGGAGUUGGGUAUCUCCCCCAUCGUCACAUCUGGCCUCAUCAUGCAACUGUUGGCUGGUGCAAAGAUUAUUGAAGUCGGUGACACACCAAAGGACAGGGCUCUCUUCAACGGAGCACAGAAACUGUUUGGUAUGGUUAUUACCAUUGGCCAGUCGAUUGUCUACGUCAUGACGGGCAUGUACGGCGAGCCGAGUGAAAUCGGCCGUGGUGUUUGCCUUUUGAUCGUCAUCCAGCUGUUUAUCGCCGGUUUGAUCGUCUUGUUGCUCGACGAAUUGCUCCAGAAGGGUUACGGUCUCGGCUCUGGUAUUUCACUCUUUAUCGCCACCAACAUUUGCGAGACGAUCGUAUGGAAGGCCUUCAGCCCGACGACAGUCAACACUGGCCGAGGCACAGAGUUCGAAGGUGCCGUUAUUGCUCUGUUCCACCUUUUGGCCACUCGCCAGGACAAGGUUCGAGCUCUCCGCGAGGCUUUCUACCGCCAGAACUUGCCCAACUUGAUGAAUCUGUUGGCCACAGUCCUCGUCUUUGCCGUCGUCAUAUACUUCCAGGGCUUCCGCGUCGAUUUGCCCAUCAAAUCUGCUCGCUACCGCGGCCAAUACUCUUCUUAUCCCAUUAAAUUGUUCUACACGUCCAACAUCCCCAUCAUUUUGCAAUCGGCUCUCGUCUCCAACUUGUACGUAAUUUCGCAAAUGUUGGCCGUUAAAUUCGCCGGCAACUUUUUGGUGAAUUUGCUCGGCGUCUGGGGCGACGUUGGCGGAGGUGGACCUGCCCGUGCCUAUCCGAUUGGUGGCCUGUGUUAUUACCUGUCUCCUCCAGAGAGUCUGGGUCACAUCGCCGAGGAUCCCAUCCACGCCGUCCUUUACAUUUGCUUCAUGUUGGGCUCUUGCGCCUUCUUCUCCAAGACGUGGAUUGACGUGUCUGGAUCUUCCGCCAAAGAUGUUGCCAAGCAGCUGAAGGAGCAACAGAUGGUGAUGCGAGGACAUCGUGAGACGUCGAUGAUCCACGAAUUGAACCGAUACAUUCCGACAGCGGCCGCUUUCGGUGGUUUGUGUAUCGGAGCUCUUUCGGUGAUUGCCGAUUUCAUGGGCGCCAUUGGCUCUGGCACGGGUAUCCUGUUGGCCGUAACCAUCAUCUACCAGUACUUUGAGAUCUUUGUCAAGGAGCAGAGCGAAAUGGGUGGCAUGAGCACGCUCCUCUUCUAAUUGUUUUCAUUUCUCUUAUUUUUCUCCUGUCUUGAUCCAAAGCGACGACAAAGUUGACACAUGAAAACACUUAACAUACCACCAUAUAGAGAGGAAUUGAUUUAUAACCAACGCUACCCCCCAUCACUCCAUCCCCCGACAAAACAAACAAACGUUAUUCAGGUGGACAAAAUCAUUUUUUUUUUUUGUGUUUUUGAAUUUUCAGACGAAAGUUCGAAAAUGAAAACAGUUUCAGACGUUGAAUUUGUGCGUGUGCGGGGUGGGGUGAAUUUUUCAAAGUUGAAAGAGAAUUAAACAGAAAAAGUUGAGACGGACUUAUUGUACGUUGACCAAAAUAUAAUAAAUACACACCUGAUGGAAACUGGAA